AUGGCCUCUAAAAGGAAGGCAUGUGCGAUGGCACCCUCGGCCGAAGAGCCAGUCGAUCCGGCAGAUGAAUUGAUGUUUCUUUGCCUCGGUGGGGGAAAUGAGGUAGGAAGGUCAUGUCACAUUCUCCAGUACAAGGGCAAAACGGUCAUGCUGGAUGCUGGGCAGCAUGCAGGCUACGAGGGUCUUGCUUCAUUGCCUUUCUAUGAUGAUUUUGAUCUCAGUACAGUUGACGUGCUAUUGAUCAGCCAUUUUCACGUUGAUCACGCCGCAUCUUUGCCAUAUGUCCUUUCUAAAACCAAUUUUAAAGGAAGAGUCUUUAUGACACAUCCUACAAAAGCUAUAUACAAGUGGCUUAUCCAAGACAGUGUGAGGGUUGGAGGCGCUUCCUCAACUUCUCAGCCUGUCUAUACCGAAGCAGACCAUUUAUCCACCUUUCCCCUCAUAGAGGCUAUUGAUUAUCAUACGACUCAUACUAUAUCUUCCAUACGUGUGACACCAUAUCCAGCUGGUCAUGUCCUUGGAGCGGCCAUGUUUCUCAUCGAAAUCGCAGGUCUCAAGAUAUUUUUUACAGGCGAUUACUCUAGGGAAGACGACCGACACUUGAUUUCUGCAGAAGUGCCCAAGGGCGUCAAGAUAGAUGUCCUAAUUACAGAAUCAACAUAUGGAAUAGCUUCGCAUGUUCCACGCAUCGAAAGAGAACUUGCUCUUAUGAAAUCCAUAACAGGAAUUCUAAACCGUGGAGGUCGAGUUCUUAUGCCAGUGUUUGCACUUGGACGGGCACAGGAACUUCUCCUAAUUUUGGACGAGUAUUGGGGUCGAAAUCCUGAGUACCAAAAAAUCCCCAUAUAUUAUGCUAGUAAUCUCGCCAGGAAAUGUAUGCUUGUCUACCAAACAUACGUAGGAGCGAUGAAUGACAACAUUAAGCGCCUUUUUCGCGAGAGAAUGGCGGAGGCCGAAGCAUCGCCUGAUGGAGCAGGUAAGGGUGGACCUUGGGACUUCAAAUAUAUUAGGUCACUUAAGAAUCUUGAUCGAUUUGAUGACGUUGGUAGUUGCGUUAUGCUUGCAAGUCCAGGAAUGCUACAAAAUGGUGUUAGUAGAGAGCUCCUUGAAAGAUGGGCACCGAGCGAAAAGAAUGGUGUCAUCAUCACUGGAUAUAGCGUUGAAGGAACGAUGGCAAAACAUGUUAUGCAGGAACCAGAUCAAAUACAAGCCGUCAUGAACCGAAGUAGUGUUGGUGGCGCACGUCGGGGCCCUGGUGGAGUGAACGAAAAAGUCAUGAUUCCGCGGAGAUGUAGUAUCCAAGAAUUAUCAUUUGCCGCACAUGUUGAUGGGGUAGAAAAUAGAGAGUUUAUCGAGGAAAUCGCUGCUCCAGUUGUGAUUCUCGUUCACGGUGAACAACACAAUAUGAUGCGUCUGAAAUCAAAACUUCUCUCUCUGAACGCAGACAAAACGACAAAAGUGAAAGUUUUUAGUCCACGAAAUUGUGAAGAAUUACGAAUACCCUUUAAAGCUGAUAAGACUGCUAAAGUUGUCGGCAAGUUGGCAUCAAUUCCACCCCCAGAUACAAAUGGGAAUCAAUCCCAACUUAUAACUGGUGUCCUUGUUCAAAACGACUUUAAAAUGUCACUAAUGGCACCUGAAGACUUGCGGGAAUAUGCCGGCCUAACAACUACCACAAUUACUUGUAAACAGCGAUUGACCAUGGGUGCAGCAGGGAUUGAACUGAUCAAGUGGGCUCUUGAAGGAACGUUUGGAAGUAUAGAAGAGAUCUCAGAUACCCAGAACUCGAAAACACACACAAAUGAUGACAAACAUGGAAAUGGAUCGGAUAUCAAAGUAGAAGAAGCAACGUGCAAGAUAACUUCCUACCUUGUUAUGGGAUGUGUUACUAUCAACCACUGGAAAAGUGGCGAGAUUGAACUUGAAUGGGAGGGAAAUAUUCUGAACGAUGGAAUCGCAGAUGCUAUUAUGGCCGUUUUAUUUUCUGUGGAAAGUAGUCCUGCGGCUGUCAAAAAAUCUUCGAGUGCACAUUCUCACUCGCACAAACUUCCCGCUCAAAAUCCACACGCACACUUAUCUCCCACUGAGCGUCUUGAAAGACUUUUCAUGUUUCUCGAGGCUCAGUUUGGUAGUGAAAAUAUUAUUCCUAUUCCAACCCCUAAGCUAUCUUCUCAUGCUCCACCUCUCAGCAUAAUAGAAGAAAAUAGUGAUGAUCCCAUGACAUCCAACAAUGAGUUGGAAAUAGAGCAAAAACGCGAGAUUGAGCGAUUACACAGCAUUGGUAUUCCAGUGCCCGGUGUUGAGAUUCAUGUAGACAAAAAUGUGGCCAAGGUAUGGCUGGAAGAUUUAGAGGUAGAAUGUACAAGUCGUGUGCUAGGGGAACGGGUCAGAGGAGUCGUGGAGCGAGCAGUAGAGGUCACAGCACCAUUAUGGGCUUAA